CCUCUCCUCAGUUCUUCGAAUCUCCACAAUAAACCAAAAGAAAAAGAAAAGAAAAACCCAAUCCGACAAAAUAAAAACACCCCCAUUGAACAAAGCUUUUCACUGUUUUGUAUGGAGACUGAAGAAAAGCUUCGGAGUGAUGUAGGUGAGGAGGGAGGGGAAAGUAGGUUGAAGAAGAAAAGGAAGACAGAGAAAGUAAAUGACUCAGAGGAUCGGAAAGAAGAACUGCCAAAUGAAGAAGAAAAAGAAGAGGUCGUAGAAAGGGAUCCACUGGAGAUUUUCGGUCGGGACAUAAUGGUGAUGAUAUUAAGAAAUCUUGACGCACGCAGCAUGGCACUAUCUCUCCUUGUUACACGUGCUUGGCAUUGUGUUGCUUCCAGUGAUAGCCUGUGGAGCUAAAAGUGUGAAGAAUUGUGGCAUGGGAAGGCACACAUUCCUUGUGCAUCCCAAGUCUGAGGACUAUCGAAGCUGGCUGCUUAUUCGAUAUCUAUCAUGGAUGGAAAACGUGCUCGUAUCAUGAAGGAUGAUCUAUGUGAUCAUGUCUGGAAAUUUCAUUUUAACAAGGCGGCUCCAGAGUAUUGGCGAAAUCUUGAUCCAUAUUGGAAGGGGACUGGUCCUCUGAUGCGCCGCUACUUCCACCCAUAUGGAAGCCAAACAGCAGGUGCUGAUGACAAGGUGUGGGGUGGACAUGGAUGCUGUUAUUCUAUUGUAACUAGCAUCAUAGGUGACGGAAUGAUCAGGGAGCAUUAUGUUAGGAUAAACAGAUGGCCCCGACUCUUCUUUUCGAGAAAUCAGGACUGGAGCUGGGAAAUGUCUAACUGCCUUUACUGUUACACCAGCAUUCCUGACGCGGAUAAGCAAGGCGGAACAGGGCCCUUAUUCUUACCUUCUGUACAUAUCACCCCUGAAGCAUUUGGUAAGUAAUUUUGA